GCACCUUCCCGCCGCGAGAUCCUUGGCCGUCUUGGGGCGGAAGGUGCAGACGAGACACCUUGUCGUGGCGUUCGCGAAUAAGCUGGUGACGACGGUUUAACUCCCUCCCUGCUGCCAGAAGGAAGCCUGCUUUUCUCUCCUGAUUCUCCUACCUCAUGCUGUUCUUCAGUCUCACUUGCAUAGACACUCUCCCUGAGGUGCGAUGUCCCUGACAGUGAAGUCAUUGAACGGUGACACGGCGUUUCUGCUCACUUUCAGCCCACCUGUGGCCCCACUGUCUUCCCCAGGGCUCUUUCCAGGAUCCUUCACAAUCCUUAUCGAUCCUUGGCUGGUCGGCCCAUCCAUCAUCCUCAAUUCGAUCUUCUCCAUCUCACACCAAAAGGCGCAACCAUGCAUCUCCCACCUGAAAGAGCUGGAUUAUGAACCGGAUCUCAUCCUCAUCUCCCAAGAUAAGCCAGACCAUUGCCACGAAGAGACGCUCCGUCAGCUACCGCCAAAUUGCGAAUCUACGAUUCUUGCAACUACACAUGCCGCCAAAAAGAUUCGAUCGUGGAAACACUUUCGGCCUGAGCUUGUUCAAGCUCUACCUAAAUACGUGCAAGGCGAUGACCGAACUAUCCACCGUGUUGUGCUGCCGCCGCCAACACCAAGAGGGUCAUGCGGCGAGGUUACGAUAGCAUGGAUGCCGGAGAAGCGGGACGUAUCGAGGCUGCACCAUGCCAUUGGCAUUACAUAUCGACCUCCUUACACAGUGUUGUCGGCUACGAAACCGGGCUAUUACCUCGACCUUCCCAUGAGCCCACCUGCAUCACCAGGCUCACCUAUGACUAUAGCAUCCUCACCUCGUGCCAUCGUGCCAUCGCCCAACCACGAUCGUGAGAAGACACUAUCUGUUAUUUACUCGCCGCAUGGAGUGUCUUAUGACAUCGUUCGCUCCUACGCCUCUUCAUACCUGGUCUCAGAGUCGGCUCUUCCUCUGACAGCGUUACUGCACUCCUUCGACUGCGUGGACAACCCAUGGUAUCUGGGUGGGAAUAUAUCGGCUGGGUCUCCAGGUGGCAUUCGAAUCGCUCGUGACUUGUACGCCAGAGCUUGGAUCUCAGCGCACGAUGCCGACAAAGACAAUUCGGGAUGGUCUGUUAAACAAACUCGUGUCGCGAAGUCUACCAUUGACCACAUCACGAAGAUGCUAGAGGACAGCCAUGCCGAGAAGUGUCGAACCGUUCGCACUGAUGUUGUCAGUCUAGCGUCUGGCGAAGAACGACGCAUCGAAGGGUGAAUGGGCGGCUGGACUACAACAGCAUAUUCUCAUAAGCGAGCUCUCUGGGAGUGAAAUGGCUCACUACAAAAGAGAAGAUCCAACACAACCAUGUUCGCCACGACAAUGUGCGGCAGCGCGCCGAGGCAGACUUACUGCAAGCGCCCGAACGCAUCCACGUCC